AUGAUGGAAUCCACUAAGCGCAAAGCUUCACCUCCCAGUGAUCUGCCCGUCGAGAAAAAGCUGAAGAAGCAAUGGCGCAAUCCCAAAAAACCCCAGCAACAACGUAGCCCACCUGCCACCAUCGAACCUGGUGAUGCUGGGAUUUGGGUAACAUGUGCCAAAGGUAAAGAAGGCAAAUCCACCAUCGAAGUACGCGAUCUUUUUGAGGAUUACGCUUUGAGGCUGUACAAUCACCUUGGAAACACAGACGCGGAUACCUCAGAAGCUCCUCCAUUAGAUGACGAUGACGAAGGGCAAGGUGCCGAUGACAUCGAAGCCUUGCUCAAAGGCGAAAUCAAAGACAUUAAGCAAUCCAGUGUGAAAUCAUCCUCGAAGAAUGAAGCAGUCUUCCAAACGGUAAAGCUAGACACGCAGUGUGUCUUAUUCUUCAAAACUAAACCGCCAAUUGAAUCAGUGAAUUUCGUUCACAAAAUCUGUCAAGAUGCUAGAGGUGGCGUCACGCAGAAAAGGUGUAGAUUCGUUAAGCGCUUUACACCUAUGAGCAGAAUGGCAAAGGCUACCAUUUCUGGCUUAGAGAGUGUGUGUGAUUAUGUGCUGGCCGAUGGAAUAGGGGUCGAGGGGACAAAGUAUGCCAUCCGGCCUACAUUGAGAGAUCAUAAUGUGUUGAAACGAGACGAGAUCAUUCAACUGGUUGCAAGGAUGGUGGCGCAGAGUGGACCGUCAUACAAAGUCGAUCUGAAGAAUCCUGAUGUGGUUGUUUUGGUAGAGGUCUACAGGAAUGUGCUUGGGAUGAGUGUAGUCCCUGGGGAGUUUGAGAGAUUGAAGCGAUACAAUCUCGCGGAGAUACUCGAACCAACGCCUACGUCUUAG